AUGCGCACCGAGGAUCUGGAGGCACUGGUUGCUUCCAUCGCGCAGGCUUUGAAUGCGUUUGGAAUCCCUUGCGUUCUCUGGGGCCACUGUCUUUUGCAAGUACACGGAGUGCCUACAAUCCUGGGCGUACGUAUCAACACGACCAAGACGAUACGCAACGCAGUCCCCUUGGCUUUUGCUAUGUUCUGCUCUUCUAACGCAUUGCAGUCCAUAGACUAUGCCAUCCCCGACGAUGCGUUAACGGCCGGCUCCCGCGCGCUCCUCGGCAUCACGCUCGCCCAAGACGCGCUUCUGGCGCCGUGCCCUGAUCGGAGCAGUUGCGACAUAUUGGCGCCAAACCGGCCCUCGCCGGCGCCAUCGUUCCAUGUGCAUCUCAAGGACGACACGGAGGUGGGAGUGGGCCUGUACCUGCAGCGCGACACGCUCUGGUUCCUUCCGCCCUUUCAGAGCACCGGCGUACGUGCCCGGCUGCUGGCGCCCCGGGUCGACAGCCUGCCGGCACCGUUCUUGCUGGCCACCGACGCGACAGCGCUCCCCCCCUGGCGCCCAAGUCGUGGGUCCGGCGUCUUCACGUCGGGGGAUGGCAAGGGUCCCGUGGUGGUGGUCAAAUCGCACGUGUUGUUGGAGGCGCUGAUGCGCAUAUUGGCACGUGAUGACGGGACAUCGGCCGGGUCCUUUUCCCUGGCCAUAAUCACAUACAUGGAGAUGUAUGUGGACGGCGACGGCUUCUUGGAUGCGCGGCAGCUGCCGGACGACGUGCGUGCGCUGUACGAACAGCGCCGGAACCGAUCCAAACCGCUUCGGCAGUGGAAGUGGGAGGUGAAGAGGUACUUCGGGCCUGGGCCUGCACCAUUUGUCGCUAUCACAGACUAG